UUUCCCUUCACCUCACCCUAGGCUAUUGUCCUUAGUGACAUUCUCUUAUCUCCCCUCUUUGAAGGAGUUCUUUGAAGAAAAAUGUGCUUCUUAAAUCAACUACAGUCUCUCCUCUACAUAAAGAACUCUUAAGGCUGCUAGCAGGAUGGAAACAUAUUAAACUGAAAGCUCAUCUGCAGCUCAGAAAAGCAAAGACAUGGAGUUUUGAGGAGUGAAGGUAGCCUGGUGUCGGCCAUGGGUGAUCAAGACACAGCCAGACAAUGUGGACCAGUUUCUUCAAACUGCGGCUUUUCUGCUGUCUGCUUGCAGUGUUGAUGGUGGUGGUGCUGGUCAUCAAUGUUACUCAGGUAGAGUACUUGGACCAUGAGACUGAUUCAGCCACAUUCAUUGACAACAGUGGACAGUUUGUGUCCUCCCAGGUGACAGGUAUUAGCCGGAAUCCCUACUGUGGCUAUGAGCACCAGACGCUGUCCAGCCGGGAGCGCAUGGAGGAAGACUCCUUGCUGGCUGCCUUGCAAUGGCAGGUUCCGGAUGUGGGCCCAGUCCCCUUUGUGAAGAGCACCAACCCUUCUUCCAGCUAUUUUGUCAUCUUGAACUCCACAGCCUUCUUCAAGGUGGGAGGCCAACUGGAGGUGCUGGUUCGUGUUCAGGAUUUUCAAAGAAAACCCAAGAAGUAUGGCGGAGACUACCUGCAGGCCAGAAUUCACUCCCCCAGGCUGCAGGCAGGGGCUGUGGGCAGAGUGGUGGACUACCAGAAUGGAUUUUAUAAGGUUUUUUUUACUUUGCUCUGGCCAGGCAAAGUUAAAGUGUCUAUAUCGCUGGUUCACCCCAGUGAAGGGAUCAGAGUUCUUCAGCACUUACAGGAAGAGAGACCAGACAGGGUCUAUUUCAAGAGUCUCUUCCGUUCAGGAAGAACUUCUGAAACUACUGAGUGCAAUGUGUGUCUUCCUGGGAGUCUGCCCCUGUGUAACUUUACAGACCUGUACACUGGAGAGCCCUGGUUCUGCUUCAAACCAAAGAAGCUCCCUUGCAGCAGCAGAAUUAACCAUUUCAAAGGUGGAUACUUGAAGGGUCUCCUAACUGCCUCAGAGAGUGCUUUCUUCCAGAGUGGUGUCAAUAUCAAAAUGCCAAUCAACGCCAGUGGACCUGAUUGGGUAACUGUGAUUCCCAUGAGAAUAAGAGAAAUGAACAACUUCAAAUUAUCCCAAGGAUCAAAAACUUUUCCUUCUGGAUAUUAUUAUAAAGACCAAUGGAGGCCCAGAAAGUUUAAGAUGCGUCAAUUUAAUGACCCUGACAACAUCACAGAAUGCUUACAAAGAAAAGUGGUAUAUUUAUUUGGUGACUCAACAAUCAGGCAAUGGUUUGAAUACCUUACUACAUUUGUUCCAGAUUUAGUGGAAUUUAACUUGGGUAGUCCCAAGAAUGUGGGUCCCUUCCUUGCAGUGGACCAGAAGCACAAUAUCCUGCUUAAAUACCGUUGCCAUGGUCCACCCAUCCGCUUCACAACUGUCUUUAGCAAUGAGCUCCGCUAUGUGGCGAAUGAGCUGAAUGGCAUUGUGGGAGGGAAGAACACAGUGGUUGCCAUAGCCAUAUGGUCUCACUUCAGCACCUUUCCCUUGGAAGUGUACAUCCGGCGGCUCAGGAACAUCCGGCGAGCUGUGGUCCAGCUCCUGGAUCGAAGCCCUAAGACUGUGGUGGUCAUCCGGACGGCCAACGCCCAAGAGCUGGGGCCAGAGGUGAGCCUUUUCAACAGCGACUGGUACAACUUUCAACUGGACAUUAUCCUUCGGAGGAUGUUCUCAGGGAUUGGAGUGUACCUCGUCGAUGCCUGGGAGAUGACCCUGGCCCAUUAUCUGCCCCACAAGCUGCAUCCAGAUGAAGUGAUUGUGAAGAACCAGCUGGACAUGUUCUUGUCCUUUGUGUGCCCCUUGGAGAUCUAGCCUGUCCUAGAGGGGACCGGAGGAAUCAUAUUCAGUGACCUUCCAAGUGACUUGCUUUAUAGAAAGUGGCCCCACUGAGAGUUGGCUGCCAUCAUUGUGGACACAAUUUCCAAAAGAGAUGGACUUUAUAUAAGCACUAACACCUUCUACAUACUCUGUUGCCCUUGUAACCAAAGAUGCUAACGAGUGCAUCUCCUGGGAGGGGAGAUUACUUUGUUAAAGAGUGUGAAAAAUGUUCUGACAUAAGUGGAAGGAACAAGUUUGGUUGGCAGUGGGAUGUUUGUAGCUUAUCUGGUAAAGGAAAUUGAGGCACAGACAGGAAUAGCAUCUUCAGGGUGAACUAGAGAAGGCUUAGAGUCAGAGGCUUGUAUAAGCGCACUGAAGACUACUGUGUCUCAGGAGUUUCUCUUGAUGAUCUACCUUUUUUGAAUUACUUGAAAAGGCCAACAUGCUUGGUCAGAAUUUUGUAGUGAGAAUAUUUAUAGUUUCCUGCUUUUAUCUAGAAAAGCAGAAGGGAAAUAUGAAAGCAGUAUGUAUAAAAUCUGUGCUUUGAAUUGAUAUUUGCAUUUGGCAGUUGUUUCUUAUUUGAUUCAAUGAAAUUGUAUGUGUUGAAUACAUAUUCUAGAAUAACUGCUUUUGGAACUCAGAGGAGGAGAUCUAUAAAUGAAAAUUUAUUUUUGUGUUCUGAAAUUUGAGGGCUUUAAGAAUUGACUUGUAUGUAAAGAAUGCUA